AUGGGUGGUGCAGUUCCCGCCGGAGGUCUUAACCUCAACAUCAAGUGGUCAGAGCAUCGUUGGGCUAUCUUCUACUGCCUUGUCGCAACGAUAGGUGCUUUGUGCUAUGGCUACGAUACGAUCUACUACACUGGUAUCCAGGGGAUGAAGUUCUUCGCCCGCGAUUACGGAGUCCAACAAGCGGACGGUACUUACGAACUCGGAACUACCUUUUUGUCCGUCUCGGCCAGCAUCAUCUACGUGGGAGAAUUCCUUGGGGCCAUCCUUGCAGCACCAAUCAAUGACCGCUUCGGACGCAAGGCUGUCUUUGCUUGCGCCUCUUCGUGCAUCAUCAUUGGUGCCAUCGUUCAAGUCUGCGCCUACGGAAUCGAUGGCGUCUUCUAUGUUGGCAGGAUCUUCGUCGGUCUGGGAGUUGGCCAAUUUACCGCUACUUGCCUUAUGUAUGUGGCAGACGUAGCCCCCAGUGCGAUCCGGGGUCCUGCUUUGAUGAUGUUCCAAUUCAUGCAGUCGAUUGCUCAAUUUGUCGGAGCCUGCGUCAACCAAGGCACGGAGACGAUUGAUGGCGCCGCUCAAUACCGUCUGCCCAUGGCUUUGCUGGUCAUCUUGCCAACGACGAUGCUGAUACUCUUGAUCUUCACGCCUGAGUCUCCGGUCUGGUACAUGGCCAAGAACCGAAGAGAGGAUGCGAAGAAGUCUCUAGUCAAGAUCAACCGCAGCUCUCCAUCCUAUGAUGUUGGACCUGAUCUCAAGGCGAUCGAAGACCAAAUCAACCUUGACCGAGAGAUGGCCGCGGAGUCAAGCUGGAUCUCAUUGCUCACGGAUCCUGUGGAACGUCGAAAGCUGAUUUACGCUUGUGGUGUCAUGUUCGCGCAGCAGAUCAAUGGUAUCCAGUUCUGGUAUACCUACGGUGUGGUCUUUGCCCAGUCGAUUGGUGUUGGCGAGCCAUUCACUAUUAACACGAUCAUCUAUGUUGUCCAAAUCAUCACCGUCGGUCUCUCAGUCGUGUUCGGCAAUAGAAUGAACCGUCGAACGAAUCUCCUCGUCUGCACCAUCGGAAUGCUUGUUUCGCUUGUCUGCGUCGGCGGCCUUGGUACCACCAAAGACGCUGAUGGAAACUUCAGCCGUGGCGUUGGAAUCGGCAUUGUGAUUUUUGCCUACUUCAACAUCGUUUUCUACAACUUCUCGAUCGGAACCCUCUCCUACACCAUCGCCUCUGAGAUGGCUGUCGGACGCAACAGGAACAAAAUCACUGCUUGUGCUCUUGGAACCUUCUUCUUCACUGUCUGGUUGAUGGUCUUCACCAGCCCGUACAUGUACUACGACGCCAACUUAGGACCCAUGGUCGGCUUCGUGUAUGCUGGAACUACACUCUUCACACUCGCAUACUCUUGGUUCUGUGUCGGAGAGACCACUGGCCGAACGAACGCUGAGCUUGAGCGCUUCUUCGUUGAGAAGAUUCCCGUUCGUGCAUGGGAAACCCACGUCUUUGAGAAUGAUGCGGCUUCGUCAAUUUACGGGCCGGAGAAGGAGAAGGUUUGA